AUGUUUCCGCAUCGUGGCAGUGCAGCACCAACCGUCCCUCCAUUCCUCUCCGCCCCCUCGCCCAACUCCCAAGCCCCCACCAUGUCAUUCGAGCCUCUCUCUCUCGCCUCCCUCCUCUCCCUUCCCGUCGAAGCGGUUUCCGCGAAGCUUCGCUCCACGCCGCCCGCGCAUUUGGAGCAGCUGCGCGUCUCGCUAUGGGACAUCCUCGGCACGCCCGACCGCAAGCCGGAGUUUCUCUCCCUCCAGCGCCUGCUUAUGACGCGUACGGGCGCCGGCGCGGGCCUUAUCACAGAGUCCCUCUCCCGCGCACACUACACGCAUCUUAAGAUCCUCGUCGCGGUUCGGACCGGCAUCCAGGCGUUUCUACACCCCGAUAUCGCCAUCCCGCCGACGUCUUUAAUCGAAAUCUUCCUCCGCCGCCGCUGCCAGAACAUGGCCUGCCAGAGCCCGCUUCCCGCGGGCGGCUGCCGCUGUCGUUUCUGCACGACGGGCAACGGCGAACCGGGGGGAUCCGGCCGGGCGGGAACAGACGGGGGAGCGACAAAUACCGCCGGAAUUUCCGGUACCACCAGCGCCAACAUCACUGGUGCUAUCACCAGGGGUAACUCAGGCGCAGGCACAAGCGCUGGUAUUGCUUCUAGCACGGAAAUCGGCGGAGGAUUUUGCAAUUUGUGCAUGUGUGUCGCAUGCGGGAAGUUCGAUUUCGACACCAACACGUGUCGGUGGAUCGGAUGCGAUUUUUGUCUGCACUGGUGCCACACGGAUUGCGCGCUCCACAUGGGCUUCGUGCGCCAUGGCGCAGUGGGGGCGGGGGGAAGCGCGGGGGGCGCGGGGGGAAGAGGCGGAGGGCAGGCGGGCGGGGGGGCUGCGGAGGGCUCCGCGGACGGGGCGACGGCGGCGACGAGUGCGCAAUUCGCGUGCCCCGCGUGCGCGCGGUCGUCGGAGCUGUUUGGGUUCGUGCGCGACGUGUUCCGCCUGUGCUCCGCGCAGUGGGACGCGGAGGCCGCGCGGAGGGAGCUGGAGUGCGUGGGGGGGAUCUUCGGCGCGAGCACGGACGCGCUCGGGCGCGAGCUUGCGCGGAGGGCGGCGCUGGCGCUGAGGGAGCUGCGGGAGGGGCGCAGGGCGUGCGCGGACAUUUGUCGCGACAUGCAGCUUUUCUUCGCCAGCAGCGCCUCGUUCGUCCCUGCUCCUCCCAAUCCUGCCACCCCCGCCGCUUCAGCUGCUUCUGCUCCUCACCCUCCCCCAACAAUGGUAGCGCCUUCCCCUGCUCCUCCCGUCGCCGCAUCUGCUCCCAUCGCUGCCCCUCCUGCUCCUGCUCCUCCUCCUCCUCCUGCUGCUGCUUCUACUGCCGCUUCUCCCAUCCCUCCCACGGGCCCGGCUGUCUCCGCCUCAGGCUCGGCCAGACCUGCUCCCGGGCUUCCCGGUCCAGGUUCGGGCCAUACCAGACCCAGCUCCGGUCCCACCGCACCCACAUCAGCGCUUUCCAAACCUCCGUCUCUGCCUCGGUACCAAUCCAGCCUGGAAGCAGCGCGAGAGGCUCUGGCGGAAUGCCAUAGGGACGUGCUAGGGAAGCGGAAAGAGGCAGCAGCGGUGGAGGAGGAGCGAGCGCGGAAGAAAUGGCAGGUGCAGGAGCUAGAAGCGGUUGCUGCGUCGCGAUUGGCUGACGCGGAACGUAUGGAGAGAGAAGCGGCAGAGGCGAGGAAAGAGGUCGAGGUGCUGAAGAUGAUUAUAUCGGUGAAAAAAACUACUUCGGAGGAGGAGUUUCGGCGGAGAGGGGUGGAUUUGGCUUUGGAAGAGGCUGAGGCCAAGUAUAGGAAGAUGCUGGGGGUUGUGCAGGCGUUGGAAAGGGAAGACGGGCAGGGGGGGAGUGAGAAGGGGAAGGAAAGGGAGAGUGAGAGAGAGAGGGAGGGGGAAAGGGAGCGAGAGAGGGGAAGAGAGAUGGGAGGUGAGAGGAGAAGAGAGAGGGAGCAUGGUGAGGUUUCGUGGCCGCAGGUGCCUGAUCAGAACAAACAGCAGCAGCAGGCUCAGCAGCAACAGCAGCAGCAGCAGCAGCGACAGCACCAGCAGCAACAGCAGCAGCAGCAACAGCAGCAGCAGCAGCAGCACCAGCUGCACCAGAUGCAGCAACACCAGCAGCAGCAGCAGCAGCAGCAGCAGCAGCAGCAGCAGCAGCAGCAGCAGCAGCAGCAGCAGCAGCAGCAGCAGCAGCAGCAGCAGCAGCAGCAGCAGCAGCAGCAGCAGCAGCAGCAGCAGCAGGAGCAGCAGCAGCAGCAGCAGCAGCAGCAGCAGCAGCAGCAGCAGCAGCAGCAGCAGCAGCAGCAGCAGCAGCAGCAGCAGCAGCAGCAGCAGCAGCAGCAGCAGCAGCAGCAGCAGCAGCAGCAGCAGCAGCAUCAGAUGCAGCAGCACCAGCAGCAGCAGAACCAACAGCAUCAGCAACAACAGCAGCAACUCCAUAAUCAGUUUCAACAGCAGCAGCAACAGCAACAGCUUCAACAGCAGCACCGGAAUCAUUUUCAGCAGCACCAUCAGCAGCAGCUGCAGCAGCAGCAGCAGCCCAAUCAGCAAAACCAGCAGCACCAGAACCAAUAUCCGAUGCAGCACCAGCAGCAACAGCGGCAGCAGCAGCAGCAGCAGCAACAGCAACAGCAGCAGGCGUGGCAAAUGCAACACGCGAUGCAGCAGCAGCAGUCGAGGAUGGGUGGUGGGCUUAGUAACGAGCCUCUUCCCAACAGCAACCAAGCGCUCACACGAGGGGCACCACCCUACGGAGCAUCACAGAUCCCACCAGCACAUGCAGCACAAGGAGCACAAGCAGUGCAAGCAGCACCGGCGUUGCAAGGAACACGAGCAGCACCCGCGUUACAGGCAGGGCAGGUAAGGCAGCGAGCGGAUGAGCAAGGAACAGCAGAGAGGGCAGCAACAGCUCAGCAACUUGCAGCACAGCAGGUGGCUGAAGAGGUUCAGACGGCAGGAGCAGUGGGAACAGCAGGGGAGACAGGGGCAGCGGGAGCAGGAGGGAGGACAGAGGGAGCAGCAGGAACAGCAGGCACAGCAGGGGAGACAGGAGCAGCGGGAACAGCAGGGGAGACUGGGGCAGCGGGAACAGCAGGGGAGACUGGGGCAGCGGGAACAGCAGGGGAGACUGGGGCAGCGGGAACAGCAGGGGAGACAGGAGCAGCGGGAGCAGGAGGGACAGAGGGAGCAGCAGGAACAGCAGGCACAGCAGGGGAGGCAGGAGCAGCGGGAGCAGCGGGAGCAGGAGGGACAGAGAGAGCAGCAGGGAAGGAGGGAGCAGAGGGAGCAGCAGGGGCAGCAGUGGAGGCUGGAGCAGCGGGAACAGCAGGGGCAGCAGGUGCAGGAAAAGAGGCAGCAGCAACAGCAAGGCGGAGGCGUGGUGAAAGGGGUGUUUCAAGAGAUGGGUUCGAUGCGGUUGAGAGGGAUAAGGAGAGGCAGAAGGAAAAGGUCAAGGAUAUGGGUGAGUGGAAGGAGAAGCAUGGGCAGAAGGAUGGGAUGAAAGGUCAUGAGGAGGGUCAAAAGACUGCUGCUGCUGCGCAAGAGGGGCGACAGGGGCAAAAGGGUGAAAAGGAGCGACAGGGGCAAGAGGGGGAAAAGGAGCGACAAGGGCAAGAGGGGCGGGAGGGGGAAAAGGGGGGACAGGGACGAGAGGAGCAAACAGGGCAAAAGGGACGAGAAGGGGGUCUGACAGAUACUAAGGUGCGGGGACUGGUAGGUAAAGAGAAGGCAGAUGAAGGGAAGGCAGAUGAAGGGAAGGCAGGUAAAGAGAAGGCAGAUGAAGAGAAGGCAUCUGGGGAAGGUACAGCUGGGGAAGGUACAACUGGGAAAGGAGAUGUUACUGAGAAGGAAGGUGCUUCUUCCGACAGCAAUGUGGAAGAGGUGGAAGAGGAGAGCGGUGCAGAGCGGUUGAGUGAGAGAAAACGGGUUGAGGCAACUGUUGAAGGAACAGUUGCUAGGGAGAAGGGGGAGAAGGAAAAAGCGGAGAGGGGGGAGAGGGAGAGGGGGGGAGCUGGAGGGGAGGGAAAGGGGGAUGAGUAG